AUGAAUCCCGUUGCUAAGAAGAAUGAGACUUUUGAUCAGCGGAUGGACGUUAAGCUUAUUUUCAAGAUAGAAACUCCAGUGCUCGAGAUCAGUGAACAAGGAAGCAAGGAGGUGUUCACGGUCUUUUCAAGAGCUCAGGCCAAAUUUUGUUACCGGAAUGAAACCUUUUCGCGCACUGUUGAAAUCCUCUUGAAGGCUGCCUGUUCGGAAUAG